CUUCCAAGUGUAGCGGACUAAAUUGGUGGUCCCCAAUUUUGUGAUCUUUUAUCUCAAAAUCUUCUAGUCAUCGUUAAAUAGAAAGUUCAAGUGAUGAUUUUAUAUUUAGGUGAUAUAGUUAUUUAAAUCAACGAAAAUAGUGAAAUUGGAAUAAAUCUGUGAAGUUCAUUACUUUCUUUAUUUGUUUAUAUUUAUCCUAGUCCGUAUUACUAAUAAAAAAAAAUAAUCAACGUUUUACAAAGAAGUAUAAAGACAUUGACAAUGGAAGACUUCUGUGGAAGUCCCCUUUGGAAUGACACGCUCACGUGGGCGUCGGAAAACCCAGACUUUACGCCAUGUUUUCACAAAACCAUCUUUGUGUGGGUUCCAUGUGCUUUCCUUAUCAUUUUGGCACCUCUGGAGCUAUAUUUCAUUGCAAGUAGCAAAAAUGGCCGAAUUCCGUGGGGUUUUCUGAACAUAUCGAAAGGAAUUGGAACAUUCCUGCUCUUCACUCUGGCUACGGCGGACCUAGCCGUGGGAGCUGAUCUAUGGAUUGCAGACACUCCUGGAGUAUACCCGGUUCACAUUGUAACGCCGGUCAUCCUAAUGGUCACCUUCAUCCUUUCUUUGACACUCUUGCUGCUUCACAAGAAGAGAGGAAUCAGAUCAUCUGGUCUAAUGUUCCUCUUCUGGUUAUUCAUUGUCUUUUGUGGAAUCUUCCGCUUCCGUUCUCAGCUCAUGAAUUUCGAUCCAGAUGCGGAAACAGUGGAGGAACAAAUUGACUUCCACACCUACCAAUAUGCAAGUGUAAUCACGCACUUCUGCCUCUGCAUCAUCAUGUUACUCCUCAACUGCUUCUCCGAUUUGCCACCAGAAGAUCGAGUUAAAGUUGGAAAACCUAGUCCUGAAAAUUCAGCCAGUUUCCUGAGAAAACUCUUCUUCCAAUGGUUCGAUCCAAUGACCUGGAAAGGCUACAGGAAGCCACUGGAAGUGAGUGAUAUGUGGGAUUUAAAUGAAGACAAUCAAUCGCAUAAUUUGAUUCCCAUCUUUGAUAAAUACUGGUACAAAAGCAUCCGAAAUAAUGAACCAAAAACCAAUAAAAACACAAAGAAGGAAGCUAAGAAUGGUUACAACAGUAGACCUGCAUUUUCUUCAUCUGAUACGUUUAAGCCUCAUGGGAAAACGAAUGGAUCAAUUCUCCCAGCAAUAGUUAAAGCUUUUGGAGGACCAUUUUGGUUUGCUGGAGUAAUCAGACUUAUAAUCGAUCUCUUGGCAUUUGCUUCACCACAGCUUUUAGGACUCUUGAUAGCCUUUACUAGCGACAUGAAUGAACCACUAUGGCGCGGUUUAUUCUACGCUUUCUUGAUGUUUGCUGCAGCAUGGCUAACACUUUUCCUCAACGGACAAUACUACCAUUUAACUUACCUAGUUGGGUUCAGAAUCCGUAGUGCAUUAAUAUCUGGAAUCUAUCGAAAAGCCUUACGAGUAUCCAGUUCAGCUAAAAAGGACACUACAGUAGGUGAAAUAGUCAACCUUAUGGCAGUCGACGCACAUAGAUUUUUUGAAUUGAUUUCUUACCUACACAUGUUGUGGUCUGGACCGCUCAUAAUGGCCUUAGCUCUUUACUUUCUUUACGAUUUACUGGGAGCUGCAAUCUUCGCUGGUUUAGCUGUUAUGAUACUCAUGGUUCCUCUCAACAUUUGGAUAGCCAUCAAAUUGAGAGCACUACAAAUUGAGCAAAUGAAAAUUAAGGAUCAUCGCGUCAAAAUGAUGAAUGAAAUUCUAAGUGGAAUAAAAGUACUCAAGCUUUAUGCCUGGGAAACCAGCUUUGAGGAAAAUAUUAAGAACAUUCGUGAGAAAGAAAUGAAAAUUCUCGUUAGAAUGGCAUACUACAGUGCGAGUACCUUCUUCGUUUGGACUCUGGCUCCAUUCCUCGUAUCUCUAGCUUGCUUUACCACUUACGUCUUCAUGGAAGAAGGAAACGAUCUUACGGCAACAACAGCAUUUAUGUCACUAUCUCUCCUUAAUAUUUUAAGACAGCCAAUGACCAUGUUCCCAAUGAUUAUUACAAUGGCAAUGCAGGCUUUAGUAUCCAUUGAUCGUAUCAAUAAGUUUAUGAACAACGAAGAGCUCGAUCCUGACAAUGUUACUCAUCAUCCCCAUAAGAGUGCUCUUGUCAUUGAGAAUGGUAUAUUCUCUUGGGGUGAAGAUGAAGCAACGCUAAAGAACAUUAAUCUGGAGGUUCCAAAAGGUGCUCUGACUGCUGUUGUUGGUCCUGUUGGCUGUGGAAAGAGUUCUUUGGUCAGUGCUCUACUUGGAGAAAUGGAGAAGAAGCAGGGCAAUGUGAAUACAGUUGGAUCUAUCGCCUACGUCCCACAACAGGCUUGGAUCCAAAACGCCACACUUCAGGAUAAUAUCCUCUUCGGUAGGAAGAUGGAUCGUCAACACUACGACAAAGUACUCGAAGCCUGUGCCCUUAAGUCUGAUAUUGAAAUGCUUCCUGGAGGUGAUCAAACUGAGAUUGGAGAAAAAGGAAUUAAUCUGUCAGGAGGACAGAAACAGAGAGUAUCACUGGCAAGAGCAGUCUAUAGCAAUGCAGACAUUUAUUUGUUGGAUGAUCCACUCAGUGCUGUUGAUGCUCAUGUAGGCAAGCAUAUUUUCGAAAAUGUUAUAGGUCCUAAAGGACUUUUAGCAGGAAAGACGAGACUUUUGGUUACGCAUGGUAUCUCCUACCUGCCACAUAUGGAUGAAAUUUUAGUCAUUAGUGGAGGUGAGAUCAGCGAAAGUGGUAAUUACCGAGAGCUCCUUGCUCAGCGCGGAGCAUUCUCAGAAUUCCUUGUUGAGCAUCUUCAAGAAAUGGAGGAAGACGAAGAAUUGGAUGAGAUCAAGGAUAUUCUUUCUGUAAAACCAGAAGGUCGUCAAUUACUCGAAAGAGCUCUCUCUAUUAGAUCAACAUCGUCAAAGGGAUCAAAGAAGGGUUCAAUGAGGAAGAGAACUAGCAAAUUGGAAAAAGAUGGAAUAGUAGUUCCCAAGGUGGGCACAACCCUGAUUGAGAAGGAAGAGUCGGCUACAGGAAAAGUGAGCUGGGCAGUUUACAUCAAAUACUUCAAAGGCGUCGGAGUUUGGAUGACAUUUUGGGCUCUUGUUACGAAUCUUAUAAAUCAAGGAUUUUCGGCCGGUGCUAAUCUGUGGUUAACACGUUGGGCUGAAGAUACAGAAGCACAUCUUCCAGCAAACAGAGACAUGUAUUUAGGUGUCUAUGGAGCUCUUGGUGGUGGUCAGGCAAUAUCUCUUCUAUUCAGUGCUGCUAUAUUGGCAAUCGGCUGCCUAAAUGCUGCCAAGAUUCUUCAUCACAAGCUAUUAAGCCAUACAUUGCGGUUACCAAUGUCUUUCUUCGACACAACUCCCCUGGGAAGAAUAAUGAACCGCUUUUCGAAAGAUGUCGACAUUGCCGAUGUCAUGCUACCAAUGUCUAUAAGAUCCUGGAUUCCUAUGAUCUUCUCAGUUCUCUUCAUCUUCAUCGUUAUCAGUAUUACAACACCCAUCUUUAUGAGUGUGAUCAUUCCUCUCGGAAUAUUUUACUACUUCAUUCAAACAUUCUACGUAGCUACUUCAAGGCAACUUAAGAGGAUUGAAUCAGUAACAAGGUCACCAAUUUACUCCCACUUCAGUGAAAGUCUUACGGGGCAGACGACUAUAAGAGCUUACAAAAAACAAGAUGGCUUUACGAAACAAAAUGAAGACAAAGUCGAUUUUAACCAAAUGUGUUCAUACCCCAGCAUCAUUGCUAAUCGUUGGUUGGCAAUUAGGCUUGAACUUGUAGGGAGUUUUGUCAUACUGUUCGCAUGUUUGUUCGCCGUUCUUGGACGUGAGGACAUUGAUCCAUCCCUCGUAGGACUCUCUGUUACCUACGCUUUGCAAACUACUCAAGUUCUCAACUAUAUGGUGAGGAUGACUGCUGAAGUGGAAACUAAUAUUGUAGCUAUUGAGAGAAUGGAAGAAUACUCUGAUGUACAAAAAGAGGCUGAAUGGGAGAAGGGAGAACGCGAUCCUCUCUGGCCAAAGGAAGGAAGAGUGGAGUUUGAUAACUUCCAAGUACGGUACCGUGAAGGAUUAGAUUUGGUGCUCAAAGGAAUCACCUUUUCUGUGAAGAGUUGCGAAAAGGUUGGGAUCGUCGGAAGAACUGGAGCUGGAAAGUCUAGUUUGACUCUCGCUCUCUUCAGAAUCAUUGAAGCUGCUGGAGGAAAGAUUACCAUCGAUGACAAAAAUAUUGGAGAACUCGGUCUUCACAAUCUCCGAUCUCGUCUCACAAUUAUUCCUCAAGAUCCAGUUCUCUUUUCUGGUACGUUGCGCAUGAACAUCGAUCCCUUUAACUCUUACAGCGACGAUGAGAUUUGGCGGGUCCUGGAACUCUCUCAUCUGAAGCACUUCGUGAAGGGACUACAAGCUGGACUUCAGCAUGAAAUUGCCGAAGGAGGUGAUAAUUUAUCCGUUGGACAGCGUCAGCUAAUCUGCUUGGCCAGAGCACUGCUGCGUAAGACGAAAGUUUUGGUUCUUGACGAAGCUACUGCCGCAGUUGAUCUGGAGACGGAUGAUCUGAUCCAGAAAACAAUCCGAUCCGAAUUCUCUGAUUGCACCAUCCUCACAAUUGCCCACAGAUUGAACACCAUCAUGGAUUCGGAUAAGGUCAUUGUGCUCGACAAGGGUCAGAUAGCAGAGUUCGACAGUCCUACAAAUUUACUUCAAAAUCCCAAUUCAAUCUUCCACAGUAUGGCUAAAAAUGCUGGAAUUUUGGGUAACACUGCCAGUAAUUAAAGAACUUUUUGAAUUAAUAUGUAUUCUUUAUCAUAUAGAUAAUCUAUGAUUGACUACCUCAAACUUUAUUGAUUGAAUAAAAUUAUGUGUUAAUUAAAAAAUUUAUAUAUUUUUAAUAUUUUCAAACCAUUUUUGACUUUUAAAAUAUGAUUUUUCUAUUAAAUGUGAAUUAAAAAAAAUAAAAAUAAGCAUUAUAUUUUUGUAUCUGUGAUAUCAAUGUAAGUGAUAGUCGAAAAAUUAAAAUAAAGAUAAUAAUAAAUUGAAUACAGGAAAAUAUACAAAAUACAUU